AUGUACAGCGUUCAUUGGGGUGAACAUGUGGUCAAUGGCAACACUUUCCAGUUGCAGACAUUCAACAACAAGUACGCGCGCGAUCUGCCCAUGACUCAAGCUUCCAUUGCAAUACAACGUGUUGCUGUUCUCUCGUUUAUACAAGAUCCAAAGGGGACGUCGCGUGUCGUGUGUAUGCUUUCCAUGGUUGUCAUCAAGGAGAGUCGCAACCUAUUGUUACUAUGGGUAUGUCGACAUGAAAAGCGAAUGCUAUUGUUACCUUACACUUCAUUUACUGUAGCUUGGACAUGUUGGAUGAUGGUACCUCUAGCAGCAACAAGAUACGGAUCUCAAAGCAAGAAUGCUGUAUGGUUGGCUCAAUGGUAUGCAUGGAUGGCAUUGGAUGUACAAAGCAAAACGUGUUAA